AUGGUUCAAACUUAUUUUGCCAUUAACUUGCUGGUAGCCUUCACUGCAGCUACUAUUCCUCCUAUUGUUUACCGGGGUGUUCGUAGCAAUCCCGACAUUGUUAAAGAAUGGGGGGGCUUUAAAUGCCGUGGUGGCGAUUUCGGUGAACCAAAAGACUCUUCCAUGGAUCUUUACAAACACGUUGUUAUGAAUCCUGAUUCCCCCGGACAUAUGGCCGAUCCGUGGAUUUUAACUUCCAAAAGUUACGAAUGGGUUAAAGGGUAUAUGGGACGCCAUAAACAAGGAAAAAUAGUGCAUAUUUACCACAUUCGAACGGAGGGUUUGAAAAACAUUUUCGAUAUCGCCGACUAUUGUAAAGCAAAAGGGUUGCCUUAUGAACGUUCAGUGGAGCAGGAAGUUUCCGUUAAAGAUCUUAUUCCUUGGUCGAAUAUUAAAGAUUGGGACUCGUACCAAGUGAGCAUGGACGGAAAACUUACUCCGAUACCCAAAUACGUUUUGGGCACACAAAAGAACUAA